UCGUUUUCGGGAUUAUAUUUUUCGGUAUGGAUAUGCCGAUAGAAUCAUUCCGGACCUUCGUGGAGGAAAAGCUCGGAACAUUCCCGCAUUUCCUAAUAUACGCAAUCUUCGAAUGGCUCGUGAUCAUACUACUCUUCGUCGACGGUUUCUUGGCUUUCGUCUCCAACGAAAUAGCCCGUUUCUUCGAACUAAGAAUCCCGUGUUUGUUGUGUACGAGGUUAGAUCACAUCCUAAUCCACCGGGACUCCAAUUUCUACUACAACGAUUCGAUAUGCGAGGCCCACAAGCGGGACAUUUCGUCCCUAGCGUAUUGCAACGUGCACAAGAAGCUCUCCGAUAUCCGCACCAUGUGCCAGAACUGCCUCCUCUCUUUCGCCACGGAAAAGGACUCCGAUUUCGACAAGUACAAAUCACUCGUCGGGAUUCUCCACAAGGACGCGAAUUGCUUCGUGGAGGAGGAGAGGAAGUUUCUCAUGAAAUCGUUCAGAAAGGACGAAAUGGACAUUGCGCUCGACGAGAGGAGUCGGGUGCUAAUGUGUUGUUCUUGUUGCGGGGAGCCUUUGAAAUCGAGAUCGGCUUUGAAAUUCAAUAGGAGUUUGUCCAUGAGCGCCCCCGCCCCUUCUCCACGGGCCCCGUAUUUCCCGGGCCGGAACGAGGAAACCGGGAACAUGGAUUUGCCACAUAUUAGGUACACCGAGCUCAAGUUGAUGUCCGAUACCGAUUCGGAGCUUCACGAGGAUGAAGAUGUUACAAAUGGUAUUAGAGAGGAUGCGAAAGCUGCUGCGGUCCCGUUAUUACCGGACGCCGAGGAUAUAAACGAGGACGCUACAAGAACACCUUGUUUCACGAGGGGGAACAGAUUCUUCGGGAUCUCGUUGUCCGAUUCCGGUCAGGCGAGCCCUAGGUGGGCCCACAGGGGCACGAGGAAAAUCACGGUCGACAAACUAGACUUGGCCAGUGCGGACCCCGCAACCGAUGAGGUGGACGGCGAUAUCGUGACUCGUCUAAGGAGACAAGUCCGCCUCGACCGAAGGUCCCUCAUGGCUCUGUACAUGGAAUUGGACGAAGAGAGAAGCGCUUCCGCGGUCGCCGCGAAUAACGCAAUGGCAAUGAUUACUCGUUUGCAGGCCGAAAAGGCGGCCGUACAAAUGGAGGCUUUGCAGUAUCAGAGAAUGAUGGACGAACAAGCGGAGUACGACCAAGAGGCGCUUCAAGUGAUGAAGGACUUGCUUUUUAAGAGGGAGGAGGAUGUGAAGGCGUUGGAAUCGGAGCUCGAGAGUUAUAGAGAGAAGUACGGGCACAUCAAGAAAAUCGGGAGCGAGGUUUGCGAGAUGGACGCCGACGAGGAUUAUCAGGAUAUGAGGUCGCAGGCGUUGUCGUUGGUUAGUGAGAGAUCGGACUGCGGCGGGUCGGAUCGGAGCGAGAAUACUCCCGAGGAUCGAGCGAAUGUUCCGGAGGAAUCUUCGUCUCUGGAUUUCGACGGGGAGAGAUCGUUUCUUCUAGGGCUUUUGAGGAACCUCGAGGAGAAGAUCAAUUCGCCUCCUGAGUUUCUUGUUGUCGAGGAGAAUGAAAAUGAAGGCAUAGUUAAAAUAGAGAACGAAAAUAAGGCGAUUCUGACGAGAGAAGUAUCGAUGUUUAGAGAGAGAUUGAGGGCUAUUGAAGCCGAUAGUGGCUUCUUAAAACAUGCUGCAAUGACACUUCAAAAAGGAGGCGAAGGGACUAAGCUAUUGUCGGAAAUCGCUCAACAUUUACGUAAGCUUCGCCCCUCCUCCGUACACUCGGACGACACCGAAUGAAGAGGCGUGCGUGGUAAUAAUAAUAACAUUUUUUU